AUGGCAACCGACCUUAACGAAGAAUUUAUCUUGAACGUCCUGGAAAAUUUAUCGGAGAAUCCAAAUGAUUUGUACGCUUGCAUGCAAUUAAAUCAUCGUUGGUCAAAGGUUGCGGUGACCAUUCUUUGGAGGAAGCACCCAUGGAAGAAUACAUUUUAUACGAUAAAAUUUUGGAAACCCAUCUCUUACACAAUCCUUUUGUCAUUCCCAAAACACGUCAAAGAAUUACUCGUUUUUAAUAAUAUCUCCAAAUCAAGCAUCAUUAACCGAAAACCAAUGCACGAUUACAUUUCACCUUGUCGGUAUUUAUCACAGAAUUUGAUAGCGAUACUCGCUCAAGCUAUCUUAUAUAAAAAGAAUUACAAGACCAAUUAUAAUUUUUAUAAUAAUCAAUAUUAUUUGAUUGACGAGUUGUGGAAAUUAUUCUUAAAUGGGUCACAAAGGAUCGAUCAUUUCGUUUUACCUUGCGAUCAAUCAAUGAAUCAAUUUUACCAAAAGGGAGAAUAUGAUUCAAAAUUUCAAACCAUAACAAGAUUAGAAUGUACGACUAGAAUUUCACCAGAUAUUUACGUUCAAUUAUCAAAAAUUUCAAAUAACAUAACGGAUUUAAUCGUUUACAUUUAUUUUAAUUAUCCAAAUUAUGACAAUCAAGGAUUGGCCACCUUAAUAUCUUUACAAAAAAAUUUGAGACGCAUUAAAUUCAUUUCCUAUGAUUACGAGUACAAUAAUAAGGAAUGUCCAAACAUAUCAAGCUCAUUGCAACACUUGACAAAAUCAUUGAUUUCACUUGAAUUCAAAGAAGAAGACAUCUCAUACAUGUCAUUAAAACACGUCAAUCCUUUUUUGACCAACUUAAGAUAUUUAUCAAUAGACCUGGGAAUGGAGAAUAUCUUCAUCAAUAAUGUUUUGAACUCGUUAAAUUCGAUGAAGUUACCUUCCUUGGAAAUUCUAGAGAUCACAUUAUCGGACAUCAAUUCGCUUGAACCGAUUAUCUCCCUUUUACAAAAGACCAAAUAUACCAUUAAAAAGAUUCAAAUUGAAACCCACGCAUUAAAUAAGAAAAGCAUAGAAUCCGUCUCAAAUUACGUCGACACGAUUACAGCGUAUUGUCCAAAGAUAGAGAGCCUGAACCUUUGGGUGACUAGCAACGUGCUUAAUGACAUUGAAAUAUUAUUUAGUUCUUGCAUGAAUUUAAAAUAUCUCAAACUUGAAGCGAUAGCAGGUGAUGGGGAUGAUGAGAUUUUGGAAGCCAACCCAUUCCUUAAAUUAAUUCCUUCAAAGAUAUCGAGGGAUUUGAAAAAGAUCGAUUUGAUCGGGAGGUGGAACUUUAAUGAUGAGGAAUUGGAGGAUUUUCUGAUAAGUUCCGAACAGCAUGAAAAUUUUGGAUUGGGAAUCGAAUUUCACUGCGUCAAAGAAUUUGAUACCAAGGAAGGUGAUGACAGAGUAAAUUAUUGGAAAAAAACCGGAAUAAAGGUCUCAUCCAAGAUCGUUCAAAAUAAUUUGAUUGUUGAUGAUGAAAUGAAUAAACUUUUCCUUCACGAGUUAAAAUUAUAUUCACAAAGGGAUUUUAAUGAACGAAUCAUUCAGGUAUUUGGAAUUUCUCAAGUACCAACGACGAAUUCUUUAUUCUUUGUGACACAAUUUGCCGAUGGAGGAACCCUACACCAUUUUUUAGAAAAAAAUUUUGCCAAAUUAUCAUGGGUUGAUAAAUUAGACAUAGCUUAUCAGGUUUCCGAAGGGGUAAAUUUUCUUCAUGUAAAUGGAAUAACACAUGGUAAUUUGUAUCCUUGGAACAUUGUAUUUCAUCAAAAUCGUGUAAAAUUAUCAGAUUUCGGCAUGAUUAAAUACCUCACAUCACCUACCUCCGUCGAUGCUUCAACUCGCGAUGAAUUCUCGAUUAACAACGUACCAUACGUUGAACCACAAUUAUUACUAGAUAAAUCAUAUAGAAAAGAUGCACGUUCUGACAUUUAUGGUUUGGGGGUGAUAAUGUGGGAAAUAUCGAGCGGAAGAUCCCCUUACCAAGAUGAUCCCAUUAAACGUAAUUUGAUAUUCAAUAUCUUACAUAAUAAACGGGAAAAUGUUAUACCAAAUACGCCGAUUGCGUACAGUGAAUUUUAUACAAGGUGUUGGAAUAACGAUCCUACCAAGAGGCCAAUCAUUGGAAUUUUAUUAAAGCAGUUGAAAAAUUUGUUGGACAUCAUGAAUACAGGUCAUAAAUCAUCCAAUCGAAUGUCAGAACAAGAACUAUCGGAGAUGGCAAAAGAUGCGAUGACCGCGGAGCUGUGGCUUACAAAAAUAGAUAAAAAAAUUGAGAAACCAACUCCAACAAAAAUUACCAAAAUCGUAACAACAGAACAUGAUAAGAAAUCGUUGAAAAUAACUACUGAAGGUCUAAGUGUUUCAAACGUACGAAAAGAAAUAAAACAUACAAACACAACAGUAAUAUCUAAUGAGCCAGAAUUAACUAUGGAACAAACCACGUUAAAGAAAUCAUGGAAGAAAAAGGUAAAAACUAGAGCAAAAAAUCUUGUUAGAAGAUUAUCCGGAAGUGAAAAACUAUUUAGAAGAUCAACCGGGAGAUCUACACAUGUGUUGAGUGAAGAAGGAGCUGAUUGGACAUCGGUACUUUCAGAUAAAGAAAAAGAAACUCCAACAACACCAAAAUCCGAAACUAGUUUAAAAGGCAGGGGAUUCUUUAAUAUCGGAAGAAGUUAUUCGGAUAAUUCUAUGAGAAGAAUAUCAACGAUAACAGCAGAACCAGACAAAUUUCCAUACAGUGAAUAUUGUAGAAUGUUAUUCGCAUCUAAUAAUUGGACGAUUAAUUCUGCACCAUGUUUUGCAGCAUAUCAUGUUAGACAAGGUGACAUUGAUGGACUAAAAUGGCAUGUAAAAGUACAGGAAGAGGAAGUUAAUAAGGUUCAACAAGUGACAGGUCCAAGAAAUAGUUAUAGAAGACCAUUAGAAUCAUUGAUGAUAGAAGCUGCACAAUAUUGUCCAGGGGAAAAGAUCAUAGAAACAUUUAAUGUGCUGCGAUCAUUAAAAGCAACGUGUGAUUGUACAAAUUCGUAUACAGGAGGGUCACCAAUAAUUUAUUUAGGAGAAAACAAGUCAUUAUUUUCAGCAGAAACGAACUCAAAACAUUUUAAGGAAUCAUUAAUAUAUUUAAUGUCAAAUGGGUGUUCAAUCAAUUCAACAAAAAACAACGGAGACACGUUAUUAUUAACAAUAUUAUUUAAAUGGCAUAAAGGAUUGACACCAAAUUUAUUAAGAUUUUGUUUGGAAAAUGGAGCAAAUCCAAAUAGUAGGAAUGAAAUUGGUGGUAACCCUCUGGGAUAUACUUUAACGCAAGUUAGGUUUAAUUAUCAUUGUGGACCUUUUGAAAAGAUUUACAAGAUAAUAAAAUUAUUGGUUAGUCAUGGUGCUGAUGUGAAUAAACAGAUCACCAUACCUGGAAAAAAAUUACCAAAUUUAUUAUUCGUUUGUGUUGAUAUGGGAAUUAAUAUGAGGGAAGAAUGGGUUAAAAAAUUAAUUAAAAUGGCAUUUGAUUUAACUGAUGAUCAAAAAGAAAAGGAAUUAAUUAAAAGUGGGGAAGCACUUAAUGUUUUGGGUUAUGCCGCUAAAUUAUCUCAAUUAGAAACAAUAAAAGUGUUGUUAGAUAGGAUUUAUUCUUUAAGUUCACCUGAAAGCAUCAAAGAAGCCUUAAAUGUAACUGGCAGUGAAGAGGAAACUUUGGAAGAUUUAUACUCCUGCAUACUUGUUAGUAAAUAUUGGAGUGCAAAUUCCACGCCAAUACUAUGGUCAAAUAUUAUCCCAUCACAGGGGAUCAUUACAACUUAUAUGGCUUUUUUUACUGAGAAAGAACAAAAAGUAUUGGAAAAAUCCGGAAUCACAUUUGAUAAAGUUUGUGAAAGAAAAUCCGCAACUUAUUGUUAUCCUUCUUUCUUGAAAUCAAUAAGCAUGCAAGAGUUAUCCCAGGCAAUAUUUUUAUGGUGUCGUAAUAAUUGCCCUCAGCCAAUUUCAAAACAAUAUAAUUUAUUACUGAGAGGAAUACUUAACAUCUUUGCAAAACAUUGCGUUACCCUUUACCAACUUGAUUUGGAUAAAAGAUCUUUAUUGGAUAAUCUACAUCAUGAGUUGUGGAUUUUGUUACAGGAACCGAAUUAUCAAUCUUUCAUUUCAAACAUUAAACAACUUUCUUUGGAUGUAAGGAAAUUAGUUAAUGUUGAGUGCUUGGAAUUAUUAUGCCAAACUUGUCAAAGAUUGAAAAUUCUUAAAGUUGAUAUGACAUUAGAUGAGACAUAUUGGUCUUCUGAUCAAAAACUAGCGGAAAUCAUAAAAUCUCAGAAAGAAUUAAAAACCUUUUAUUUGAGAAGAGGAAAGAUUACCCCGACAAUAAUUUCGGCACUGGAAUAUCACGCCAAAUCAUUAAAAAUGUUACACUUUCGUAGAGUUGAUUUUAAAAAGUGUAAAUCACUUCGAUCAAUAUUUAAAGAAUCUAAUCAAUUAGAAGUAUUAAUCGUACAUGGAUGCAAAAAUCUAAGUGAAAAUAUUUGUAAAGAAUUGAUGAAUACCACAUCGUUUCCUAAGCUGGUUGAAGUGGAUUGCGAAGGUUUGGUGACAUGGAAUACGAUUAUCAAAAGACAUGAUUACCAGAAUAUUAAAGUGAUUUGA